AGUUAUUGCACUUCAUAAUUAGAGUUUCUCGCUCCAAAUCUUCGACAGAGAGAAAGAAGAUGUGGAUUUUCGGAAGGAGAGGGCCGUCAGGUUUUUCAGCCUGCUCUACUGCACAGGAUGUUACUCAAGGAAUUGAUGGCUCUUCCCUCUCCGCUAUUGUUACUGGAGCAUCAAGUGGCAUUGGACAAGAAACCGCUAGAGUCCUGGCAUUACGUGGUGUUGAUGUAGUUAUGGCAGUGCGUAAUGUGGAGAGCGGUAAAAAGGUCAAAGAAACAAUACUUAAAGAGUCCCCUAAAGCUAAGGUUGAGGUUAUGGAGCUCGAUCUUUCCUCUUUGGCAUCUGUUAGGAAAUUUGCAUCAGAAUAUAACUCUUUGGGGCUUCCCUUAAACAUUCUCAUUAACAAUGCAGGGGUUAUGGCUACACCCUUCAUGCUUUCACAAGACAAUAUUGAAAUGCAAUUUGCAACUAACCAUCUAGGUCAUUUUCUGUUAACAAAUCUUCUACUGGAAAAUAUGAAAAAGACUGCAAAUGAAAGUGGGAAAGAAGGAAGAAUUGUCAUUGUUUCAUCAGAGGCCCAUCGGUAUACGUAUCGUGAAGGCAUCCGCUUUGAUAAGAUUAAUGAUAGUUCAAGUUACAAUAGCAUAUUGGCAUAUGGACAGUCCAAGCUGGCUAAUGUAUUGCACGCUAAUGAACUUACGAGGCUGUUUCAGGAAGAAGGGGUUAAAAUAACUGCUAAUUCACUACAUCCAGGAGCAAUCGCUACCAACCUUCUGCGGCAUCAUGGCCUCAUCGAGGGCAUAGUUAACUGGGUUGGUAAGUACUUCAUCAAAAACAUUCCUCAGGGAGCAGCCACGACGUGCUAUGUAGCUUUGCAUCCAGAGGUUGAAGGAGUGAGCGGUAAGUACUUUAUGGACAGCAACGUUGGCCAACCGUCAAAACUGUCUUCUGACAUUCAGCUGGCUAAGAAAUUGUGGGACUUCAGCUUGAAAAUGGCGAACUCUUAGAUAGUUUGAGACAAGCUCAUUUCAGAUAUUAAGAAGACUCACACAUGAUUAAAUUGUGUCAAAUAUUUGUACAUCAUCAAGAUAGUUGUGUGUUUAUGGACCAUGUGAAUUUUACUGCAAGUUCGGCAGGUUACUCUGAUGCAUUCAAAUCUUUCGUAUGUGGGAGAUUUAAUCAGAGAUAUAUGUAUGUUUUCACAUUUUUUUAAGGUUUUAUGAUGAGGAGUGAGUGCAACUAAUAUUUAGUCCCACUUUUGGUA